CACUCACCAGACAAGACUCCCGAUAAAUAUUGGCGCCAGCAAGCCAUCCUGAGGCUUUUCUGUUGAUAUUGCCCACCCGGUCCGCAUGGAGAACCUCAACCUAGAAAUCUGUUGUAUAGCCAUGCGGUGAGGCUGUUCAAUUGAAAGCCUUUAACAUGUCGACAUCCAGCGGAGGAGGGUUGACGGCCUCCCCAUUAACUACACACUUAGGAUUUAACUGGUAGGCUGCGCUUGAAGUAUCUCAAACAUGAUCUCUAACGUACCGCAGGGUGUUCUUGGUUGAGUUGCUUGUCUGCGGUGUGCUGUAAGAGUUGCGCCUCCUUUACCUUUUGCUUAGCUAACCUCAUCUAGGACCCUCUUCUUCCUCUUCUACUUCAAUCGCCUAUUCGCAACUCUCGUAUCCUAUGGCAUCCGAGCAUGGACCUGGCACAAAUAUCGGGUAUAUAUUGAUAUACAGGCUUUACAGAUUUCCCUAUUGGGCGGCAGGGUGUUUUUCAAAGGGUUCAAAUAUCAUGGAAACAAUGAAACCAUUCUCGUCCAUAGUGGUUUCAUUACAUGGUGCUAUUGGCUCAGGAACGUGAGGGAUCUGAAUGUUGGUCGUAACAGCGAUGCGAGAACAAAACAACCGUCUUCGGACUCGGAGGACGACGGCAAGAUGGGGUACAGGGCUACUGUCGAUGGAGGGGAGGGUGGACGAUCAAAAGCUGCAAAGCUUCCAUGUCGCCUGACAAUUUCACUCAAUGGCGUGGAGUGGUUCGUUUACAAUAGAAGCCCCGCUUACGAUGCCAUAAUUGCUAGCAUGACGACCCCAAUUACAGGAUCGACUGAGAGCGAAAAUGAUCAAAAAAGUGAAGAUAAUGAAACUGGUGAAAACUCAAAGAAGGGCCGGAGAGCUCCAUCAGGGGAAACCGCAAAUCUGUCACGAUCAUCCACCAAGGAUCACUCCAAAGAAAGUGGUGAUUUCGGCAAUCUUGGGCAAGGUGAGCCUAGAUCUCGUGAGUCUUUCACGUCUUCCCGGAGAGGAGCAAGUAGAAGUCAACUGCAGGAUCACGGCAGUCCUGAAGGAUCAUUUAUCUUGAGAUUGCUUCCUAUUCAUGUUAAUUGCAACAAAGCUGCAGUAGUUCUUGGGAACGAGCAUACCAAAAGUGUAUUGAUUGCAAAGGCCGACAGAGCUUCGGGCGAGAUCGAUGCAGCAAAAUCAAGAACCAUCGAUCAAUACAGACAGCUCAUAAAUUUUCGGUAUGAACAUCCUGUGGUGCAAAUGAAACCCAAUGAUGAUUACAAAGAGGACCAAACCACUGCAGCUAUAAGAAUUAAACGUGGUGAGUCUGAUCAAGUCGACGCCCAAAAGAAUCAUACCCACAAUCGCAGCUUCUUCCAUCGUCAACGCCGUAAAGUUUGGCACGCUUUGCAGGAUCUUGUACCUGCCUUCCAGAGCUCGGUUGAUUCUAUAUCCAGCUCAAAUACCCACAGAAAUACGCCCAACAAUGACCCUGCAUCGAACAGUUGGCAAGGACUAUCUAGAUACCUAGAUGAAGGGGAACAGGAAGACAGGGCAAGAUGGUCUACUAUUGAGUACGCUACAGUAACGACAAUUGCCGAUAGUGCCCAUGCCGACAUGAGCUUCUACUGGGACGUUGCUGGAACUGUUCCGAAGAGACAACCCCCUUUAGAAAAACCCACUGAAUCUGAAGGGGCCAAUAUCAAUGGUGAUAGCUCCCCUGAGUGGGGACUAGAUCUCAAACUCAAGGGUGCUACUAUCAAUUAUGGUCCAUGGGCUGACAGACAACGCGCGGAUAUUCAACGCGUUUUCUUUCCAAGUCUUUGCAAAGAUGCUACACCAAGCAAAAGUCUCAUGCCCGGUCAGUUCAGGGUACCUACGGAAUUUCAGUUAUAUGUCGAGUUUGACGAUGAGACGACGCUUCGGAUUCCAAUUAGAGAGGAGUCAAAGAAUUGGAAAUGCACGAGCCAAGUUGAUUCCAUCGGCGCUAGGCAGGCCGAGCAAAAGAAUCGCGGCAGUAAGCACCGUAGACGUAAGACUGAAAAGGGAACUGCUGGUGCUGAGGUUCGCCCGUUUGGUUGGCUUGACAUCAAGGUUGGUCCAAAUGCAACCGUGACGUAUAAAAUGGAUAUGGUCGCAGGGCAAUCUGGGUAUUCGAAUAAAUUGGCACUCGAUUUUCCAAGCAUUGAGAUAACGACGAGCGUCAACCAUGGUCUUCUAUGGCGGUCAGUUGAUAGCCGGAUUUCUUGUGAUUUGUCAAAUCCGCUUCAAUGGAAUGGCCCUCGCACCUGGAAGUUCGAUGUCAGUUCCAGUGGCCUAGAGCUUUUCAUUCUUAGAGAACAUGUCUUCCUACUUAUUGACCUUGUGGAUGAUUGGGCUACCGGCCCUCCACCGGAAUAUCUUACCUAUACGCCGUUCGAAUAUCUCGUCAACCUUCACUUGGAUAAUUUCCGCAUAUACCUCAACGUCAACGAUUCCAACAUCGUCAACAAUCCAUCUGAUUUUGACGACAACACUUUUAUCAUUAUAUUCGGAUCUUUCUUGGGCGCGAGAAUAGGAAUUCCCCUCGAUACUUUCCGUCCACACCGAAAUGAUGUCUCUUUUGACGUCGAUGCCCACGACGGUGGUUUGAAUCUCCAUGUGCCUCCUUGGAAUACACAGGCCACAUUCUUGACUUCUACUGAAUUAGCAACAUUGAAAGAUCUCAAAAUCGGGGGGAAAUAUCAAUACUGCGCCACCACGUCGACAAGCAACACAGAUACCCUUCUCCUCACUGUAUUUGGCAAUGCCCCAACGGCUCAAUUUUAUGGAUUUGCCAUUCGGUACUAUCUGAAAAUCAAGGACAAUUACUUUGGCGACGAUAUUCGGUUCAAAACACUUGAGGAGUACCAGGAAAUUCUGAGAGCACAACGACAGGGAGUAGAGGGGGUCAGCGAUGUUCAACCACACAAAAAGUCGAAUGAUUUGGAUGUUGUGCUUGCCGUGACAGCAGAUAACUCCACCGUCAUACUACCUGCGAAUUUAUACACUGCUCGGGAGCACACAAGAAUCGAAAUAGCUAGACUUGCUGCUGAUUUAAGAUUUACCAAUUACUACAUGGAUCUUGAAGUGGCAUUAGGUACAUUGGCUUUUGCCUCCGGAAGCGAAGAUUCCAGUACUGCAACACCUAUAAGUGCAACUUCAAGCACUCAGCUGUUUAUAGAUGGUAUCAAUGUAGCUGGAAAUCGGCUGUUCGGUCUUCCUCCAACCGAACCAACAUAUGUCUGCAACUGGGACUUUUCUGUUGGCGCCGUAAGUGGUGAGUGCACAACGGAGUUCUUCAGCAGACUAUCUAGUGGAGUCAGAGCUUUUGGCUUUUGCUUUGAUGAUGAUGAAAAUGCUCAACCGUCCAUAUCGUUAGUGGCCUUGCACGACGUGACAUAUCUCCGAGCGGCCGUUGAGUCGGUUCGCGUCUGGCUCCAUGUAGAAGAGGCGGCAUUCUUAUUGUCAACCGGUGAGAUAUCCGUAGACUUCAACGACUUGGCGGGUUCACACUAUUCCAAAAAGCUCAAUCUUCUUGUCCCGGAGCUUCGCCUUGGUUGUGUGGACGCAGAAUCUGCUUCCCGGCACAGAUCACGAGCCCAGAAUCCAGUCGAAACACACGCCUAUAUUCAAACAUCCAUUUCAGUUGCGAUGAUUGAGAGGACAUUGUUCUUUGAAAAUGACCGACAACUUCAGCAGGAGCAUCUUAAACGACAUGAUCAGAGAACCCAUCGAACUGACUUUCUCUUACUGCCAGGUUUGGUUGAUGACUCAGUGCUCAGUCCUGUGGACCCCCCGGCUAUGUGUGUGCCACCUAUGCCCCUUCCUGUCUUCCAAAGAUCAGACAUCUAUCCCACGAACCGUUCAAUAUCUUCGGGGAAUUCAUCCCUAAGGCACAAUACACGAUCACUCAAUCGUAAAAGCUCUUUUCUGUCUCUUUCAAGUGCUAGCCAGAGAAGCGAUUCUAGCGUCCUUCGCCAGCAGAGCUCGCUUCAAGCACGUCAAUUGCCGUUGGUAGAUUCAAGAUCCAGAAGUCGACACAACCAUGUAGGGCAUGGCCACCAAACCCCUACGAGAGACGUGUCUGCCUCAACAGGCCGUCGCUCCUCAUUUUAUAGUGCUGUCGGUGAACACAGAGGUUUACCAUCUUCGAGCGUUACUUUCUCCAGCUCCUACUUAAGCCCAUAUUUUCCCCUCGAGGCCGUUGAGCCCGAUAGAAGAGACCUUCCUAGCCAUCGCCAAGUCUCAGAUGAUGAUGCAUCCUGGGACAACAAUAAAUUUACACUUGAUGAUAUCCACCCUGACCGGGUGGAUAAAAGUGCCACUCAUGUAAGCUUCAUUGUGGAAUUGCCCGAUGGAAUUAGGGGUGUUGUAAGCCCUAAAGCAGUUGAUGCAGUUGUGCGUUUACUGGCAGCUUUGCAGGCAGUUGACCCUGUUGACCUUCUGGACGACCUCCAAAUUGAUUCGAUAAAUGGACAUUUUGAUAUGAAAAAACAGACAAACAUGAAAGGGAAAGUCCUUGAUAUGAGUGUAAAAUCUCCAAGUAUAGACUUCCGAUUUCUGAAUGGCUUCUCUUCAGGCGGGUUAGGGAGCCCUGACGACAUGCAUGAUCAGUACGAUUUGUCUAUUUCCAGAUUUUCCCUUACUGCAAGAUCAGCGACUGCAACCAAGAUGGAGGGCCAAGAGGUAAUGCCAGAGUCCUUUACAUUCCACAUUUCUCUACGAAGCGCAGAUAUCUCUGCCAAGGAACGACUCAAUGACAUGAACAACCCCCAAGCGGCCGUAAAUGGGCUUAUUGAGGACGUCGCUUGUUGGGCAAUCUCAAAUGAAGCUACAUCAGCGUCUGUGGCUUUUAAAAGCAUCGAGUUCGCCACGGAAAGCAGUAAAAUCGAAUAUCUCGCUUCCUUGAUCCACCGCACUGGAGUACUUGUUAGCGAUACCGUUGAAUCGUUCUCUUCUCUCUCCAGCCAACAGCAUAAUCGCAUGCAAUUCUUUACAUAUCUCGUUGCUACAGAAGGCCAACAGGCCACCGAUCCGCUUUUCUUGACGAGGCCCUCAUACGUUCUUCGCACUGCCCCAGACCACCUUCGGAGUAGUGAUACUUGGAAAGUAGUUACCCGUCUACACCACAUGUAUGACAGCUUGCAUACAUCUACAAAACAGGACAUCACCGUUCGAUGUCUAGCUAACUCGGAGUCACUUCCCCAAAAUGCCCAAGACUUGGUGCUCGCGGGAUUUGAUAGCUGGAGGAGCUGGGACUUGAACAAUGUAAACACUUGUCUUGUAAUGAAAAAGGUGUAUGGAACCAAGGUAGAAGAGGUUCCACGUGGCGGAAACACCUUCAAGCCAUUGAAAGUCAUUAUCAGGACUGAAAUUGUUCGUCUUAUUCUUGACCCCGGGCCCAAACAAAACGAAAUAUCUCUGCUAGACAUUUCUUCAGUCUUCGAAGACAAAAUGGUGCCGACAGAGACCGAAUCGCAAUCGUCGUUGAACGCAAAUGAACAAGAAACCAUAACUGCUCAGAUAUUCUGCUCCGAUGCUGCUAUCAAUCUGAACUGGGAACUUUGCGAGCUGGCUGAUAACAUAAUGAAGCUCUAUAGUCCAAUUGAACGGGCUCCAGCACCGUCAUUAGCACCCAAAAGCCACCCCUCUUCGAUCGAGUCUAAUUUUAUCGUGCCUCCCAAAUCGAGAAGUGUUGUACAGGUCCUAAUAGCGACCGAAAAAGCCUCUAUAACAUUUGACACAAUAAACAUUAGGGCUGCCUCUAUCUCUGAAGGUCUGAAAGCUUCUUUCAUCAUGACUAAUGAUACGAUCGAAACGCCAAAAGCAAUAACCCUUGUUCUUGCGGCUGAAACUGCCACAUCGAAGGCCCGGAGUCAUUCUCAAGAGCUCACGCUCUAUCAAAUACGAUUUCCAAGCAUAUACACUUCAUUCGAGAGACACCUUAGUGGUGAACUCCCCACAAAUAUUAUUAAAUUAGCUGGAAAUUGUCAGCAACUGUCUUUUACAGCGCAGCAAGACAUUUUAGGUCUCAUCGAGGUGUUAGACCUUAUUAUUGGUGACGAGGUUGCGCAACUUUACCUUCUCAGCAAGAACCUCCCAGAAAAGAAGCUUCGACAUCACCCAAAGAACGUCAAAAGCAACCUUUCAAUCACCAAGAUUAACGUAGCCCUGUUUUUGGAUGAAUAUCACAUUAGUAUUCCUCUACUUCAUUCAUUGACAUAUAAAGUCUCUGGUGUUGUGGCCAGGGCUUCAGUUGCAGCUCAGAUGGGCUCGGAAAUCAUCUUCGAUUUCGAUGUCAAGGAGCACUCUCACGACAUGCAAACCAUGGUCGCCAACAUGUCAAAGAGCAUAUCUCUUCUUCAAAUGCCACCGACAAACGGGCGCAUUGUUUCUCACAUUUCAGAUUUGGAAACCACAGUGUCUGUGUUCGUGUCAGUUGAGCCAGUCGAGCUUGAUGCCGCUGCGAUCUACAACCUUUUGACGGCUCUGAAUCGACCUGAGAUAUCGAGUGUGAUUACCGAUGCACAAGAAGAUAUCAGUGCAAUGCAAGGUCAUCUGAAUGAAAUCUUCGGUGAUCGUCCGAAGGUUUCCGAGAAGCCGAAAGGAGAAAGGAAGCCAUUCAUAUAUGAUGCACAUUUGACGCUUGCGGGCUUCAACAUAUUUGCCAGUUCGCACGGAGUUAAUGAAGAUUCGACUAGAGCGAGACUCGAUUUGAACCUUGGGUGCAUUCAACUUGUAUUCGCCAACCGCCUCGAGCCAAACGGGCCCACUCUGUCUUUCCCUGAAUUACGAGUGAGCUUACGGCACAUACUCUUCGAGCUUUCACAAUGGAACAGAGAAGGGACCAGGCCAUGUGGGAAUCUUUCUUUUGCUGCUUUUCUGACUGCGACAUCUAAAUUGAACGCCAGCCGCGAGGAAGUCAGAUCUUUCCACGUGAAGAGUGACACUCUAAAGAUAAAUCUAUUCGCUGAGACUGCAUCGUCCGUCGUUGACAUCAUCGGAUACCUACAAAACAAGAUUAAAGAUAUCGACUUGUCGCGUGAAAAGAAGUAUCUUCGCAAGCUGCGGAAAUCAAAGCCCAAGAUCACUGUCAACGAUGAGCAGCAGCCAGAUAACAGUAGUACAACUGCAUCUACCGUUAUCUUUUCUUCAAUGUACUCAUUGGAGUUACUAAACAUGCAGGUCUGUUGGCUCGUAGGAACCUAUAACAUCGACCAUUCGUCCCAACAAGAAAGAGAAGAUCUAGUGCUGUCCCUAAAACGAAUUAAUCUUUCCAACAAGAAAGAGAACACGGCAAGGUUGACUAUAGAAGAUCUCCAGUUGCAAAUGAUACCAGCGUCCCAAGAUAAGAGUCAACGCUCUCUAAAUUCUGCUCUACUUCCAGAGGUCAUCUUCAAUGUUGGCUAUGUAUCGAUGGCAGAUUCUCGACGCCUGGCCUUCCAGGCGGCUGGUAAAUCACUCGAUCUCCGCCUAACAUCUCAGUUCAUGGUUCCUGGUGCCACCUUGAAAAAGUCCAUUGGCUCAGCCGUCGACAAAGUUCGCGCUGCAUCGGCAACUUGGUCAAAGCCAACAUCGGGCACCGCCACAGAGGAAGCUCGAAGACAACCGUUCUUCGGGACGAAGCGUAUGGAGUCUCUACUUGUAGAUGCAGAUUUUGCGGGAGCUGUGGUAUAUCUCUCUGGAAAGAAGGUUUCUGAUACCUCCAGAAAGGCUCAUGAUGGCAAGGGAAGUCGAGCUGCUCAAACUGGUAGAUAUGGGCAAUUCACACAGACGGACGCCAGUAGCGAUACCGUUCUUCGUGCUCCGGGUCUUGCUUGGAGGAUAGAAUACAAGGACGACGGGUUUAAUGAUCCAUCAUUGAACGCUGAAAUCAAGGUUGACGCAUCCUCCAAUAUAUUAUACCCAGCUGUUGUCCCGCUUAUCAUGGAAAUCUCGUCUACGGUCAAGGAUAUUGUGAGCGAAGACGACGACAAGAAGCCUUUGCCACCCAAAACACAACAGCAAAAGUUCAUGAGUACGGAUGAAGACAACAUUCUAACCACAGACCCUAGCGCUGUGCUAGGUCGGACUAGACUCAAUCUGGGAUUCCGAAUUUGUAGACAAGAGUUCAGUCUGAGCUGUCAACCUAUAGCACGUGUGGCUGCAACUGCUCGCUUCGAAGAUAUCUACGUCACCGUAAACACCGUCAAAUCUAGUGAACAUGGGCACUUUUUUGCUGCCUCUGCUAUAUUCACGAGGCUCCAAGCAUCUGUUCAACACGUUUACUCUCGCGAAUCCACUGGUAGUUUUGAUGUCGACUCGGUCUUUCUAUCCUUGAUGAAUAGCAAGCAUGUCAGUGGGACAAGUGGCGUUUCUGCGAUACUUAAGAUAAGUCCAAUGAAGGUCUUGGUAAAUGCCAAACAAAUACAGGAUUUCUUGCUCUUCAGAGAAAUAUGGGUUCCACCGGAGAUCAGGAAAAGCUCCCCAACACCAGCACCAACACCAACAUCGUCCACCCUGCAGUCACAAACGUACCUGGUCCAAAGGUAUCAACAAGUCGCAGCAACAGGAGCGUUUCCUUGGAAUGCAACUGUGUCAAUUGAAGAGCUCGAUGUGCAACUAGAUCUUGGGCAAGCAAUAGGAAAGUCUGCAUUCAUAAUUACAAAGUUCUGGAUAUCUUCUAAGAAAAAUUCGGAUUGGGAGCAGAAUCUGUGCCUCGGGUUUGACAAAGUAGGGGUUGACAGUACCGGAAGAAUGAGUGGUUUUGUGUCCCUUCAAAAUUUCAAAGUGCGCACUUCAAUUCAAUGGCCUGCUCGUGAGAUGGCCUUGAAUCAAACACCAUUGGUACAGGCAUCUCUGGGUUUUAGCCAACUUCGUGUCAAGGCUGCUUUCGAUUAUCAAGCCUUUCUGGUGGCCGAUAUCACAUCAUUCGAGUUUCUAAUGUACAAUGUUCGAAAUGGCUCUUCAGCCAAGGGCGAUCGUCUCGUUGCAAUACUUGAUGGUGAGGCAGUACAAAUCUUUUGUACUACUAAUACAGCGUCUCAAUCAUUAGCGUUGUAUCAGGCGUUCCUACGGCUCGCACAAGAGAAAAGAACAAACUAUGAGACUUCCCUUAUCGAAAUUGAGAAAUACAUGAAACGGAAGUCUAUCUCGCAUCCACUGUCACCACAUCCUAAAGCGUCAACCCAGACCAAAAAUGACAAGCAGGCCAAGUCUCCGAUAUCUCUUCAUACCGAUGUUAUCGUCACUCUGAAAGCUGUCAAUAUUGGUGCAUUCCCAAACACGUUCUCGAAUCAUCAGGUCUUCAAAUUAGAAGCCCUCAAUGCGCAGGCUCGUUUCGCUGUAACAAUGGAACAUGGAAAAAUCCAUAGUGUCUUAGGUCUAACCCUUGGCCAACUCCGCAUCGGCCUUGCUGGGGUUAAGCAAGUUGACAUGCCCAAAACUGUGGGUGAGAUCUUGGUUGAAGACGUAGUUAGUAGUGCCACAGGGUCGCGUGGCGGAACAAUUUUGAAGGUUCCUAAGGUCGAGGCAACAAUGCAGACUUGGCAAGUCCCUGAAUCUAACCAUAUUGAUUACAUCUUCAAAAGUUUUUUUGAAGGAAAGGUUGAAGUCGGGUGGAAUUAUUCUCGUAUAAGCUACAUUCGAGGCAUGUGGGCCUCGCAUACGAAAGCUCUCGCACAACGACUUGGCAAGCCUCUUCCAAUCUCUGCAGUCAAGAUCACGGGGGUCCCCGACGAGGAAGAUGGAGAAAGAAGGGGAGGGGAACAGCAGAAAAUUACGGCUGAAGUCAAUGUCCCGCAAUCCAAGUAUGAUUAUACGGCGCUUGAGGCUCCUAUAAUCGAGACGCCACAAUUGCGGGAUAUGGGUGAAGCUACGCCACCGUAAGUCUUGUCCAGUAGAUUUGAAAGAAAGAAGACAUGUGCUAAUUCUCGAUAGGCUGGAAUGGAUUGGACUUCACCGGGAUAGGUUACCCAAUUUGACUCACCAAAUUGUGAUAGUAACUCUUUUGGAGCUGGCAAGUGAGGUAGAAGAUGCUUAUGCAAAGAUUUUGGGGUCCUCUUGAUCCUGUAACUGAGAAAGGGGGUGGAUUAUAUGUAUUAUUCUUUGUAAUGAUAGGCGGAAUAGCAUGAGCAAGCGGGAUGGCAUAGCCGCAUAGCGAGGAGUUGGCCAGCAUAUUUUCGUAAGUGCUAUUGAUUGUACAUUAAGAUUUUAUUAUUCAUACUUGGUUCUCAUAGAAGAGUUCUCUAUGGAUCCAGUAGCUAUAAGAUCGGUGUACCUUGUGAAGCUCCCUUGUGGCGAGCAAGAGGAAGAAUAGCAAAUAAAGCUAGCCUAAUUUGUUCGAUUUUCUAAAAUAAGUUCAAUCCUAG